ACCAGAGUUCUUUUGGAAGCGGACCGAGACCACCACUUCAGCUGGGUCUCGGUACAGUUGUUUGGUGUGAUUGCUGUAUUCUCACCCUCCCAAAAGAUCCGCAGCAACUUGAGUUCGAUUCAAUCGAACCAGACAAGACAGGUGUGAAUACUUAAAUUCAUAAUAUUUGAAUGUCUGUGGUAUGAAAUUCACAACAAUCCUGAAAAUUGUAACAUUUAACAUUAAGAAUAAAUCUGCACUGGUUGUCAGAUAAACCCUGCAUACUGUACAGCUCCUGAGAUUGAGGACCCUUAGCCCUGCACAUUUUAUGACCUGAUUACAUCCACAAUGUGUGGUGCCAGGGUACCUGGGGUGAAACCUCCUCUCCUAGAAGAUUGUUUAUAACAUUAAGGACAAAUGUUUUGUUAUUAAUAUCUAAUGCAGAUAAUACAAUUUAAAUAUUGAAAGUCCAAGGUAAACAAUAUUCAUUGUGCAGGUGAGACAUACUGUACCUCACCCAUAAAUAUCAGUACAGAGGUUAUAUGAAUCUGCUACGUCAUUUAUGUCAAUAAAGAUGUUUUGUUAUGCAAGUGUUCAUUGUCAUCACUACAAUAAAAGCCAGUUUGAGCUCUUCCAGUUUGAAGAGCUCUGCCUGUGCAGCUUCUGACAUACAAUCAUGGUUAAGGCAAAGACGUGGAUCCUCUUUGAGGGCUUUCCUAAGGAAAAUAACUUUGAACUGAGAGAAGAAGUUCUGCCAGAGCUUCAAGAUGGAGACGUGCUUGUGGAGGCAGUCUAUUUAAGUGUUGAUCCAUAUAUGAGAUCUCUGAGUAAAAUGUGGAUAAAAGAGGGGGAUGUACAAUAUGGAACUCAGCUGGCAAAGGUAGUGAAGAGCAAGGACCCAGCAUUUCCUGAGGGAUGUUACGUGGUUGCUAAUUGUGGAUGGAGGACACACACUGUAACCAAAGCGAAGGGUCCAGCCGGGCCCAUCUUGGCCCGGAUAGUAUCCGAAUGGCCCAGUGAUAUUUCAAUGUCCCUGGCUCUUGGUUCCUUGGGGAUGCCUGGUUUAACUGCUCUGUAUGGUCUGGAAGAGGUAUGUAAGAUACAGCCCGGUGAGACGAUUCUGGUGAGCGCAGCUGCAGGUGCUGUAGGUGCGAUGGUGGAGCAAAUCUGCAAGAUCAAAGGUUGCAAGGUUGUGGGUUCAGCAGGAGGUGAUGACAAGGUGGCAUACCUAAAAGAGCUGGGCUUUGACCAGGCCUUCAACUACAAGACUGUCUCCUCACUAGAGGAAGCGCUGAAGAACGCUUCACCUGAAGGUUACGACUGCUACUUUGAGAAUGUGGGAGGUCCCUUCUUUACCGCAGCACUCAAAAACAUGAAGCCAGGAGGUCGUAUCGCUGUUUGCGGUGCAAUAGCCAAUUACAAUGACACAACACCACAGAUGUGUCCUUAUCCUCACCACGAAAUAAUUACACGGCAACUGAAGAUAGAAGGCUUUAUGGUGAGAUCUUGGCAACACAAAGAUGCAGAAUCUAUCAAGAGAAUGCUUAAAUGGAUGAAAGAGGGCAAACUGAAGGCAAAGGAAGUGGUCACUGUUGGCUUUGAGAACAUGCCAGCUGCCUUCAUAAGGAUGCUGAAGGGCGAUGGACUUGGGAAGGCUAUUGUUAAAGUCUGAAGCAUGCUUAGAAAUCCAUCUGUUGUGUUUUUACAUAAAAUACAAUAUGACACAUUUGGGUAACUUGAAUAUGUGUAGACAGAAAAACCUAGUGUAGUCUGUUUGUGUCUAAAGGUCCAGGGAACCAAAUGAAUCCCAUACUUGUCCACCAAGUUUGUUUUUUUCUCCCCCAAAUGUCACUAUUUUAACUGUCUUUCACUUCAAUAUGUUUACAAAUAAA